AUGGCCGUGUUGCGCAUCCUGUCCUUGUCGGGCAGCGUGGUGACCGCACUCGACUCUGAGGAAAUUGGGAAAUUAGAGGGCACGAGUUUCGUCUCUGCAUUGAAGCAUCGGCUGCGGCCUUUGCUUGGCGUGUCUCGCUUCCGCCAGCGGCUCCUCUGCGGUGAACUCACAGCCUCCGACACGGCGAGUUAUGAGGAGCUGGGAUCUCCCCGGGAGCUUCAUGUGGUUGUCCUGCCCUACAGCAAAGACAAGGUGCUGGAGCUGCGCUCCGCUUCAGCGAGAGGUGCUUUGGAGGAGGUGCAGCAGCUUUUGGAGCUGCCGCAGGAUCCCAAUGUUGCUCGAGCCGACGACCGCAGUGCGGGCAGCUCCAGCAGGCUGAGCCGCGACCUGGCCCUCACUCCACUGCAGUGCGCGGCGGAUUGCGGACAGCUCGAGGUGGUGCAGCUGCUGUUGGAGGCCUUGGCAGAGCCAGAUCGAGGCUGUCCGUCUCCGCUUGGGUUUGCUGCAGCUCACGGACAUGCCGAGGUCGCGCAAUGCUUGCUUGAAGCCAAAGCGUGCAAGGAGAAGGCAGACAGCUCCGACCGAAGCCCUGUCUUCAUGGCUGCAAUUCAUGGCCACUACGACGUCAUGCAACUGCUGGUCGAGGCUCGCGCUUCGGUGAACUCGAUUUCUGAGAAUGGCCACUCCCCUCUGAGCGCCGUUUGCGCAAUGGGCCGAGAGAAGAUGGUCCGUAGUUUGCUGGAGUUGCGUGCAGACCCGGCUAUACCAUGGACACCUGCGGGUGAAGUGUCGUUGGUCUCGGCAGUGAGAGGCGGACAUGUUGCCGUCGUGUCUGCACUCUUAGAUGCCGCUGCAGAUCCAUGCUCUGCAGUGCCAGGACAGCCAUGUCUUGCAGACAGCACUCGGUCACGCAGGCACGAAGAUGUCGCCCAGCUUCUUUUCGAGGCGCGUGCUGCGGAGGAGCGCACCGCCAAGCGCCGUCGCCGCGAUGGCCCACCAUCUGAUGCAACGCCGUCGAGCGCGCCGGAAGAAGAUAGCAAAAAGGGAAAGCUCCUGAAGCGGUCAUCGCCCAUUCCUGAUGGCGAGAACGGCCAGGCGGCGUACCAGGAGAACCUUGCAUGGAUUGAGAGUAUCUCAGAUACGGACUUUCUGGAUGAUGCGCUGAUCGUCGCAGGAGACGUCUCUGACUCCAACGAAGUUCUGCAGAGGACCUUGGCGGUGCUGAAGCGGAAGUUCGCGCAUGUCUUCUUCGUCCCGGGCAAUCACGAUCUUUGGGUCGAUGGAGACGACACUUGCGUGGAUAAGGUGGCACAAAUCCAGGAUCUUUGUCGCCGCCUUGGGGUGCACAGCGCCGCGGCACGCGUGGGCACGGCGGAGAAGGGAGUUUGGGUGUGUCCCAUCCUGUCGUGGCAUCACCAGAGUUGGGACCCCGAGCCCGAUCUCGAAGGCUGGAAAGUUCCUUCGGUCGCAGAGUGCAUGGUGGACUACGAGCGGCGGGAGCAAUCUGUCGAUCUUCCAACAUGUCCCAUCUAA